CCCUCAUCUCAUUCUCAUAUACUCAUACCCCUAAUGCAAUUCAUAAUCCCUCCCUUCCAUUCCAUGCAAUUCAUUCCAUACGCUAAGCUAAAAAGCCUUGCUUAAAUCUCACCUCCCCUUCAAACUCUCCUUCUUCCUUUUCUAUCAAUAGUACGUGGUGACUAUAUACAUAUGUAUAGGGGUUAUUAAGAUCUUAGCUUGUUGAAUUGAUCAUCUCUCUCCCUAAUUAGCUCAAUCUCCUUAAUCAGAGGUAUAGAUAUAUAUCCGGAGGACCUGAGAGAUAGAUGAAAUUGCCGGUUCCCGCCGCCACCCCCGAUGGGCUUAAUAGCUUGUGGUACGAGCCGAACUCGGUUCUCGAGCUCCGGUCCCUCGCCGACGAUCCCAUCGAGCUAGCCGCCGAUCAGUUCCUGAUGACCAACUCCGAGGAGUGGGACUCUUUCAUCAAAGAGUUGGGUUUGCAAGACGACGGAGACAGAAAAGUUCCUCUGGCUAUCAGUAACAAUCCUCUGUUUUACUCCCCAUACGACUCCCAGCUCUCUCACUCGCCGGAUUCCGCUCAUCUCCUCCCGCCCACGGCCGCUGACCCCACCAUCUCCGAUGACUGUAAUGUUAGUUUCUUGGAUGAAGGGUACUCGGGUUUCGAGUUUGAUUAUUUGGACGAGCUGAUUCAGUUAGCCGAUUGUUUCGACGCCGGCGCAAUCCAGCCGGCGCAGAUGCUCCUGGCGCAGCUCAAUCAGAAGCUGUUCUCCGCAGCCGGUAAGCCGCUCCGCAGAGCCGCGUUCUACUUCAAGGAAGCUCUUCAGUCCCAGCUGAUCUCCGGCGGCUCAGCGGCUCGCGAAUCUCAUGUGGUGAAGACAAUUGAAGCUUAUAAGAUCUUCUCUAAUGUCUCCCCUGUUCCUAUGUUUUCCAGCUUCACGGCUAAUCAAGCCAUGCUCGAAGCCGUUGACGGCUCGGUGAUCGUUCACGCGGUCGACUUCGAUAUCGGCUUCGGCUGCCACUGGGCUUCGUUUAUGAAGGAGCUAGCCGACAAAGCCGAGUCGGUCCACGCCAAGCCGCCGGCUCUUCGUAUCACGGCUCUGGUUCCUGAUGAGUACGCCGCCGAGUCGAAUCUGAUUAAGGAAAAUUUGGCUCAGUUUGCUCGGGAGCUCAAAAUCGGCUUCGCUAUAGAGUUCGUUGAGGUCCGUACAUUCGAACUGUUAUCUUUCAAAUCGGUAAAGUUCAUGGACGGCGAGAAAAUCUUCGUUCUUUUAACUCCGGCGAUAUUCCGGCGGGUCGAAGUCGGGCCCUUUGCCGCCCAACUCCGUCUAAUUUCGCCGCACUUGGUUGUGAACGUUGAUUUUGAGGGGACGGUGGGUUGCGGGGCGUCUUCCUUCCGGCAGACAGUGGUCGACGGUCUGAUGUUUUACUCGAGCCUUUUGGAGUCACUGGAGGCGGCGAACGCCGGCGGAGAUUUGGUCGGAAAGGUUGAGAAUUUCGUGGUGGUCCCCAAGAUCGAGGCGACGGUAGGAUCUGCCGGCAGCAAUGGGCUGCCGUGGAAGGAGGCUUUAGCGGCGGCGGGGUUCCGGCAAGUGGGUUUGAGUCAAUUUUCUGACUUUCAAGCUAAUUGCCUGGUUGAGAGGAUGCAAAUUGGAGGGUUCCACGUGGCAAAGAGACACGCAGAGAUGUUGCUGUGCUGGCAUGAUAGGGCCCUCGUUGCCACGUCAGCAUGGAAAUGAUGACUAAUAAAGCUAACAAGUGUAAGGGUCUCUAUUAAGCGAUGAUUAUAGCGCCUAACUUGGCUCUGUAAUGGUAGCUUAUGUCUGGUGUUAGACUAUUAGGUAGGUUUUUCUGUAUUUACUAAUUAAGGUUUCCUUUGAAGGACUUAAUUAUCAUAAUCAUGAUAAUUAUGCAGUGAAGUAUACAAAGUAUAUUACAUCCCUCUUGUAAUUUGUUAAAUUAAUUAUUUUCACGAUUUUACUUUUACAUUAAGAAAAUUCUACUCUGCA